UUUUUUUCUUCGGCGGCAACGGACGCUCCUUUUCUCUGUUGCCGCACAUUCGUUCGCAGAAAUCUACCGCACGCUUUUCUCGCUACUACCACAAACUUAUAUACAUAACAGUUGAAACAUACAAUACCAUAUAAAAGAAAUAAGAAAAGGAGAAGAUAACUAAGCACAUACAUACCAAUACAUAAUUCGCAUAGAAAUGGUAGUGAAAGUACUUUGAUAGUGAAAAAGUAUAUUCUCAGUACACACCGCAGCAGCACAGGCAGACUACAGUAAAGGAAUCUCGCAGUGGUUUUUUCUCUUUGGAUGAUAUCUUGCUUUUUACAUAUAAUUUGCCGAGAACGUUUACAAAUAAUUUGCAUGAAAUACACAUAUUGUCUCGACCAUUGCCAAUCAACAAUAACAAUACACAUAAAGUGCCAAAAUAACGUAAAGCAUUUGAGUCUGCAGCAAGUGAAGAGGGGGGAAAAUGGAGAGAAAUAGCUUGACAUAAAAAUUCACAGUUACGUCGGAUUUACAACCCGUCGUCAGCCGUGCAGAGUUGAUUUCGGCGGGGGAGGUUUGCCAAAGCACACAGACAACGCAUACAAGCACACGGACGCAUACAGUUACUCCAGCGCACAGCACGAAACGAGGAGUGGAGUCGCAGUCCUUGAAGCAUCGUUAGGCAAUAGAGGAGGCCAGGAAGCAUCUCGGCUUACAAACCACCCCCAAUACCGUGGCCCAAACCGUUGGGUGCGUCGUUAUUCGGCCUGAACGGCCUGCAAAAAAAAAGAACCGCCAACAAAAAAAUAAACAAGCGAAGCUGUCUGUAUGCACUCAUGCGAGUGUGUGUGUGCCAUCGUAUAGAUUUACCGUUCGUUGGUCUGCCUUUCAUCUCGUGUAUUCGUGUGUUUUUCUGUGCGCCGCAAUAAAAAAAAGCACGUAAAAGGAAGGAAGAAAGAAGGAUAUUAUGAGGCGGCAGACAAAGAUAGUCGCAUUUGCGAAUAAGUUAUAUCAGCAGCAAACACAAUCCGUCCAAUUUCGUUAAGAUUAGAAGCUAGCACUAUGUUUGGAUCCAAGCUGCGCUCCUGGAUGGAGACGCACAUCGUGCGUCCGCGGAAGAAGGGAAACAAGCACAAGCAGGCAGCCGCAGAGGCUUCGCACAGUAGCAGCACCACCACCACUGGGAAUGGCAAGAAGGCGGUUACACUGCCUCCACAGGGUAGCAACCUCACCAGCCCCGUGCUGACAAGUAGCGGCAGCCACAGCAUCGCCAGUCCAGUGCGGAGGCGUGAAGUAUCGCCCAUACAGUGCCACCCUCCUAGUCGGCGGUAUGGAUGGCAGUCACCAGAUGAAGAUUCAUACGUCAUCACAUCACCCAAAUCGGACAAUCUGCUGUAUGCCCCACAAUGCUACCAGCCACAUCAGCAGCUGCAGCAUCGGCAGCAACAGCACCAGGCCCAUCACCUGAGCGUUCCCAACUGCAAAGACAUCGCCUGUGCAGAGAAGUCACCCACCAAAGUGAACUGUUCCUCUUCGUCCAUUUCGUCGCUCUCCUGGUCGACGGGCUCCAAGGAGCCCUCGUCGGGCAAGCAAACUACAUUCAAGGAUCAGCAGUCCAAUGGGGAGUACCACAUUCCACCCGAAGAGGAAGAUGAGGUGGAGUACGAGGAGGUGGGCGCCCUGCUGUUGCGCCCCCAGGCUCCUAUAAGGGACUAUCAGCGUCCGCAAUCGGAGAACUUGGCCGGCAUGCGUCUGAUCUACGAGGAGGAGACCAAACCAAACUCCAAUCAUGUCCGUUAUGGCCGUCUGCUGCCCUCGAAGCUGGCUCCUGCUCAACUGGGAGAUUCUGUGGACAGCCUGAUCACUGCCCCACCCAUUCCACCCGCUGCAUCCAGUGCAGCCGCUGGCUCGAGGAUUCGUACACCACGGGGAGUGCAGCGCACUAAUUUCAUGCCCGGACCGCGUCCCCAUAGUCUCCCAUCGCCGGAGAGCGCCUACUCCACGGGCUACUCCACCGACGGCACCUCGCCAUGCGCCGCCAGCAACUACAAUCCCCCCGAGUACUACAUCAACAUGCGCUCGGGCACCCACUACUUCCCCAAGAGCGUCAACUCGCUGGCCAUCGAGGCGCAACGCUACAAGUUCGGCUUGAAUCGCAUCGAGGAGAUGUCACCCAUGGACCCGUUGCCCAAGAGCAACUUCGCGAAUGCCAUUCACGGCCUGGAGUCGUCGCCCAGUCCCCUCGCACUUCGGCAGCAGCCAAAGCUAUUUGAAUCUCCCUCGCCGAGACAGCGCUGCCGCAUAAGGACCAAUCCCUGGUACAACACGGCCGAGCAUUUGCCACCCUCCUCAUCGGCGCCUACGCGUCUGGAGCUGGAUGCCACCAGCACAACCUCCACCACAUCGUCGGGCAUUAAGUCGGGCAAUGAGCUGGAAGUUCCGGCUGCCAAAACAACAGCAGCAACAGAAACAGUAAAGGGAACAGCAUAUGCAACCACCACCAGCUGCAGAGGCACUCCCAGAAAGUCAGCUAGAGUUGUUGUGGAGGGUGGCGUUGCACCUGGGGGAGCUGGGGGAGUUGCUUACGAGUCCUCGGAGGGCUCUUCGUCGUCGACUGAAGUGGAAAAUCUGCAUGCCCCACACACCAUAAAGCGGCGCCACUUGGAGCACGUGGAGACGACAACAACUUCGGCCCUGGUGGCUGCUGGCGGUGGAGCUGGAGUAACCACCACCUCCUUCAUGCUCAGCGAUGAUGAGGCCACACUCAACGAGAUGAUUGGCAAGUUUGACGAGAGUUACAUCUACGAAAAGGAGACCGACAUACUCAGCAGCGACUCUGAUCCCACAGACGACUGUGCCUCGGAGCUGGACACCGGGCAGGAUGCGGGCGAUGAGUGUGAUACGGAUGAGCUGCUGGACAUCGACUUUAUUGAUACCUCAUCCAUGCAGGAGGUGGUCCUUGACCGCCACGAUCUGGCCCGCAAUCUGGGAAGCUGCCAGUACUACUUCAAUCAGCCGAUCAGUCCCUUGAUCAAGCGCAAGUCCUCGACCCGCUCCCGGCGGAAGAGCGGCCAGGAGACGGCCGAUGGUUCGCAGCAGCGACGGCGGAAGCGUUUCCUCAAGACGCGCAAGAAGAGCUGCGAAAACCGCGAAAAGCUACCGACAUCGCCUCUGCGUGAGCCCCGCGGCUCUCGUAGUGUGGGCGGAACGCCAGUUUGUUUGCGCCGCAAACUACUAGGCCCCAAGGAGAGGAUCUACAAGACAUCGCCGCUCUCGAAUCGCUCCAAUUCCCUAAUCUUUGGCAGCAUCAAUGAGAAGACCUCGCUGACCAUUGCCGAGAGCGAGAAGGCGCUGCUGAAGGCUGACUUGGAGGCGGACAUCAAGUACAAGCAGCUCAUCAUGGAGGCCGAACAAAUGCUGGAGUCUAUGAGAAACAGCUUGCAGAGCAUACCGCGGGAUACACCCGUCGCCAGUCCGAGGCGCGUGAAUCCCUUGGCCAACAAGCGCGUGGAAAUGCUCAAGCACGGCGAGGUGGACUCAAAGAAGCAGCCGGCGCCUCCGGCCACUCCUCCCUCGGAGCACGAGCUGGCCGCCGCCAUCAACAAGCGCAUCGAGAUGCUGAAGUUUGCUGAGAAUUCUGCGGCGUCGUCGCCACCCAAUAGUCCCAAGCCCGGCCGCUGUAGUCCCCGGAAGACGCAUCUCACCAACUUUAUUAAUCAGAAUGCUCCGCCCGAGCUGCCGCCGCGCAAAAUAAACGGCAACGCACCCACUGCUCCGCUCUCACCGCAGCUGCAGUUGAAUGGGAGGCGACUCCAGGAGAGUCCCUUGGGCAAGCGACGCAUGAUGACGGUGACGUCGACGACUACGACCACAGUGUUCAGCUUCAAUGACGAUGACUCGGAGAUGGAGUGCAUUGCUGUGGAGGAUGUGGGGAAUAACAACGUGGAGGAGCCUCUGUCAGCACCGCAGAGCAAUAACAACAAUUUCUAUUGUCCACACAGCGAGCCGCUCAAGCGAAAGGUGUACAAGGGCAGUUCCUCCUUUGAGCGCAUCAAGAAGAACUUUGACUUGGAGCUCGAAAUAAGCGGACGCAGCAAGUCAAACGAACGUUCGCAAUCCAAGUUGUCGACAUCCGUCUCGGCCAAGAGCUCGAUGCAUGAUGUGACCGGCAAUGAGGCGAAGGCUCAGGCAAUGGGCGGCGGAGAUGGAGGCAGUAACCGAAAGCAGCAGCUAAUACUGAGCACCAUUGUGGAUUUGAAGCGGAGUCUGGAGCAUCAGAGCCAUCAGCUGAGUGGCUUGAACGGUGACUAGACUGAGCGUGAACUGACUACAGAGGCUAAGAUCAUCAUUAUCAUACGUAACCCAUGCAUAAUCUAGAUUCUAAACAGUAUAUAGCUUGCAAAGGCCUAAGCUAACAAGUCCAACCGAAUCCCUCAGACUAGACACUGAAACUGAGCGCAAUAACUUUCUAAAUGAUUAGCGAACCCGAUUAUUUACACGAUAUACUCAAGGGUCGAAAUGGAAACUAUGGACUGGUGCAGAAAGUUAUCCCUAAAAUAAGUGUAGAAUGUAGUUUAUUUUCAAUGGAAUUUUUAUGUUUUAAUCGUAGACAUUUCCCAAGGGUUAUGUUCUUUUGUAUUUUGUUGAUUUAACAUUUGUUUUUCCCUGUUUGAACAGGGGUAUAUUUCAGCUGAGAUCCAUCUGAGAUUUGAUGUUUUAGUUUUUUGUUUGCUAUUCGUAAUUUUAUAUUCGUAAUCAAGUAUUAUAUCUGUAGAUUUGCAUUUAUUUUAUAUUAAUACUCAAAUCGAAUAGAUUAUUUCGUUGGGUUGCCAAGCUGCAAAGGUGUUCUAAACACCACAUCCUUGGUGCAGCCGUUAGGUAACGCUAUCUAACCCACUCAUACCAUACUAUACCAAAAAUCUUAGCUUGAAUACGUUG